UAGCGAUUUAGAGUUGUGUGUACUUACCACUCUUUGACCUUUCCCUCUGUGGUUGUAGGGUUUCUUUUUUUGUCGUCUUUGUAUUUUUCCAGAGGCUCUUGUUUCAUCACCAAACCAAACCCUAGCAGGCACCACCAUGGCGUGUGUUUUUCCCCAGACGCGUAAAUCUAUCACUCAAAUCUAUUGUGGAGGGCUUCGGGUUGGAUCAUCAGUCACUGAUCUUUGCUAAAAAAAAGUUUUACCAAAAGAACCCUAAUUUUGUUUCUCUCGACAACAGAUCUAGAUCAGUUUUUUUCCUUAAAUUGCAAAAAAAUCCGAUCAAAUUUAAAGCACUGCCGGUGACGGUCAAGUUGAUGUGUUUUUCUUGACAGUAAGGAACCGAAAAUUCAUCCAAUUUUGUACACUGAUUUGAUGAACAAUUUGUUUUUGACCUGAAACCGGAGAUUUUUGAGAGAAAUGGACGGAAAGAUGUUUAAAUCUGUAGUGUAUAAAGGAGAUGAGUUACUUGGAGAGGUGGAGAUAUAUCCACAGCGACAUCUGCAACAACAAGAAGAGGAGGAGAACAAGAAAAUCAUCGAUGAAUUGGUUGGGAGAGAAAUCAGAAUAAGCCAGUUCUCUCAAGCCAGUGAGAGAUGUCCACCACUGGCAGUGCUUCAUACCAUUACGUCUAGUGGUGUUUGCUUCAAAAUGGAGUCAAAGAACUCGUUCUCUACCGACUCGCUGCUGCAUCUCUUGCACUCCUCCUGUAUCAGAGAGAACAAGACUGCAGUGAUGACUCUGGGAGGAGAGGAGCUCCAUUUGGUUGCAAUGUACUCCAGGAAUAAUGAGAAACAGUAUCCAUGUUUCUGGGGAUUUAGUGUUGCAGCAGGACUGUAUACUUAUUGUCUUGGCUUGCUGAAUCUUAGAUGUCUUGGCAUUGUAUUUGAUCUGGAUGAAACUCUCAUAGUUGCAAAUACAAUGCGCUCAUUUGAGGACAGAAUUGAGGCAUUACAGCGGAAAAUACAUACUGAAAUAGACCCACAACGUGUCACUGGCAUUCUGGCUGAGAUCAAGCGUUAUCAAGAUGACAAGAGCAUACUAAAGCAAUAUGCCGAAAAUGAUCAGGUUGUCGAGAAUGGGAGGGUUGUCAAAGUUCAAUCCGAAGUUGUUCCAGCUUUGUCAGAUAACCAUCAGCCUAUGAUUCGCCCACUUAUACGGUUGCAAGACAAGAAUAUUAUUCUGACUCGUAUCAAUCCCCAGAUUCGUGAUACAAGUGUUCUUGUGAGAUUGAGACCUGCCUGGGAGGAUCUGCGAAGCUAUCUUACAGCAAGAGGACGCAAACGCUUUGAGGUUUAUGUUUGUACAAUGGCUGAGAGGGAUUAUGCUCUAGAAAUGUGGAGACUGCUUGAUCCAGACUCAAAUUUGAUAAACUUGAAAGAACUAUUGGAUCGCAUUGUGUGUGUUAAGUCAGGUUCAAGGAAGUCGUUGUUCAAUGUCUUUCAAAAUGGAUUGUGCCAUCCGAAGAUGGCGCUGGUUAUUGAUGAUCGCUUGAAAGUGUGGGAUGAAAAAGAUCAACCUCGGGUUCAUGUUGUUCCUGCAUUCGCUCCAUACUAUGCUCCUCAAGCUGAAGAGAAUAAUGCUAUUCCUGUCUUAUGUGUCGCAAGAAAUGUUGCUUGCAAUGUUAGGGGAGGUUUUUUCAAAGAGUUUGACGAGGGCCUUCUCCAGAGAAUUCAUGAAAUUGCAUAUGAAGAUGGUGUUAAGGAUAUUCCUUCUUCUCCUGAUGUGAGCAACUAUCUAGUUUCAGAGGAUGAUUCUUCUGUAUCAAAUGGGAAUAGAGAUUCGCUGUCUUUUGAUGGAAUUGCGGAUGCCGAGGUUGAAAGACGAAUGAAGGAUGCACUUUUGGCUACCUCAACAGUCUCCCCAGUUGUCACUCAUCCGGAUCCAAGGCUUGCUCCUCCACUUCAGCAUGCAUUGCAAUCUUUGUCUGUCUCAGUUUCUCUCCCAGCUGCUCAAGCCCCGAUUGUGCCGUUUUCUACUUUGCCAUUUCCUCAGGCUGCUCCAUUAGUUAAACCUUUGAGCCACAUUGGUCAUCCUGAACCAAGCUUGCAGAGUUCUCCAGCGAGAGAAGAGGGUGAAGUACCAGAGUCAGAAUUGGACCCUGAUACUAGGAGGCGGCUCCUCAUAUUGCAACAUGGGCAAGAUACAAGAGAUCAUACUCCGAGUGAACCUCCUUUUCCAGCAAGACCGUCAAUACAAGUCUCGGUUCCACACACACAGCCACGUGGAAGCUGGUUCCCGGCGGAGGAGGAGAUGAGCCCACAGCAAGUGAACCGAGCUGUACCUAAACAAUUUGCUCUUGUUUCAGAAACAAUGCAUAUUGAGAAGCAUCGAUCACGCCGUUCUCCUUUUUUCCCCAAGGUGGAUAAUUCUAUCCCAUCUGGUAGAAUUCUUCAUGAAAAUCAAAGAUUGCCUUAUCAGGGACUUUCCAAAGAUGAUCGGUUGAGGUCAAACCAUACAUUAUCUAAUCAUUCUCUCUCAGGUGAGGAGACCCCUAUGGAUCAUUCAUCUUCCAGCAACAGGUAUCUUGAGUUUGAAACCAGACGAGCUAUUUCUGGUGCAGAAACUCCAGCUGGAGUGUUACAGGAUAUUGCCAUGAAGUGUGGAACUAAGGUGGAGUUCAAGCCAGGUUUGGUUGCAAGCAAGGAGCUCCAUUUCUCUGUUGAGGCUUGGUUUGCAGGGGAGAAAGUUGGUGAAGGUAUUGGCAGAACAAGGAGAGAAGCCCAACACCAGGCAGCUGAGGGUUCUAUAAGGAACUUGGCUAAUAUUUAUAUAUCACGUGUUAAACCAGAUACUGGAUUUCCAAAUGGGGAUGUCAGUAGGUUUCCUUUUGUUGGUGACAAUGGUUUUUCGGGUAAUGUAAGUUCUUAUGGGAAUCAGUUCCUGCCUAAAGAAGAGUCUGCGUCAUUUUCAACUGCAUCAGAGCCAUCUAGGCUUGCAGACCCUAGGUUGGAAGGCUCGAGGAAAUCCACAGGAGCAGUCAGUGCACUGAAAGAAUUGUGCAUGAUGGAGGGCCUUGGUGUAGCUUUUCAAGCGCAGUCUCCAUCUUCAGCAAAUAUGCAGAACAAUGAAGUACAUGCACAGGUAGAAAUUGACGGACAGGUUCUAGGGAUGGGAAUUGGUUCAACAUGGGAAGAAGCUAAGAUGCAGGCUGCUGAUAAGGCCCUUGGAAGUUUAAGAUCAAUGCUGGGUCAGUACAGUCAGAAAAGUCAGGGUUCUCCAAGGUCACUGCAAGGAAUGCCUAGCAAACGACUUAAGCCGGAGUUUCCGCGUGUUCUACAGCGAAUGCCUUCUGCCAGAUAUCCCAAGAAUGCAACUGCCAUUCCUUGAAAAUCGUAAUGCGCUUCCUCAUCCCUUGUUAGGUGUAGCAGCUGUUGUGAGAUUUGUCCUGUACAUAUCAAAGAAUGAUGCGGACAAAUUGGAUCCAGGACCACCUUUUGACUGCUAGCUUACAAAUUCAUGACAGUACUUAAUUUGGAAACCAUGCGGAACUUGUAGUGGGCUGGUCCUUAUCGCCUUCCUUUCUCGAAAAGGAAGUAGGGGAGAUGUGAUGCUCUGAUAUUCAGAUUUUGUGUUGUCAGUUACCAGUGCAUGGUUCUUCAUGUACAUCCGACUAAUAGUCGUUGGUGCUGUCAUUAAAGCGCUUGCUUUUCCUUGACGAAGUGCUGGAAGCCUCUCUGGAAAGAUGAAGGUGGUCCUGCGUAUGGGCUCGCGGGGAUGAUGCUGCCGAUACCAUUAUUAUGGCUGGCUUGAUUUUAUGGUAUUCUGACUUCAAUUGAGUAUUGCAGACUACAAUGAUCAUUGCAUAAGAAUGGGCAUUAUUGCGUUAGUCAGUCGCCUUCCAAGUGAUUGGUUCAAUGUCUUUAGGGUGGGCAAACCGACUUCUUUGUAUAACGGGUUUGUUUCUGACGGACCCUCCUAAUCUCCUCGGGAAGCAUUUUUCAGGAUAUGCAGCACUUACCAGUAACCAUUGACAGAUUAGUCUAAGUUAACUGGUAUGUGGUUGCUCCGCCCGGCAGAAUAUUAUUUAUUAUUAUUAUUGAUUUUCGGCUGACCUUGGAGGAGCCCAUGUGACAAAUUUUCUCUGCAUACGAUGUUCGGGAUAGAUUUGUACUGGUUAGUUGUGAUACGUUUGAUGUAUCAUGUAAGUUCUGGGUCUAGUGUUUGAGUCUGGCCGGUUUUGUGGUUUGUAAGUUAGUACGCUACGUUUGGUAGGAAAAGUGGAAGGGUAAAUUAACCCUGAUGAGGAUAUGUGUUCCAUGGAUAUUAUUUGCGCUCCACAAUUUAUUGAAUACACUCCAAUCUAAACAAGUCUCCGUUAAAAAUA